AAUAAAUCAUGUAGGGCUAAAACCGAUCUCGUAGUGACCUAAAUCGAUCAGUUGCAACUUGUGAGGAUAGGCCCUAUCAUUUUAAUUCAAAUAUUGCAUGUCUAUUGCAUGAUCUUAAUUGUGAAGGAUCUCAAAAUAUUGCCUUACAUUAGAAAUCUCAUGCAUGUCAUGACACUUUUAUUUUGACGUGUUUUCAGUCAGGAGGCGUGGCUACUUGGUUUUUAAUGUUCAAAACUUUUCUACAAUUGACCACAGCGCUCAGAGAGCGCUGCCUAAUCCCUUGUGAAGACACAAACAGACAGAAGCGAGGAAAUGAAGAGGAGACUACAGAAGAAAUACUUGAUUUUAAUAAUAGGAUAUUCAGGAUUACUUCUCUUAAUUCCAUACGUGCUAGAUUACGGGAGUAAAUCGCCACACGUUAAACAUGGACAACAACAGCCCAGGUGUCCUGAUAUGGAGAAUACGAUGGCGCUAUGGACUAACGGGGAUAAGUUCAGCAACACCACCGAUACGGUAGAAGAUGUUGUCAUCAGAAACCAGUCAAGAAUACACAUUUACCUGCAUGCUACUUGGAGGACGGGGUCUUCUUUCUUGGGGGAACUGUUCAACCAACACCCUGAUGUGUUUUACUUGUAUGAACCUAUGUGGCAUAUUUGGCAAGCUUUAUACCCAGGGGAUGCAGGCAGUCUUCAAGGAGCCGUGAGGGAUAUGAUGAACUCUCUUUUCCGAUGCGAUUUCUCCGUCCUAAAAUUGUACGCGGGAACCCAAAACAUUACCACAUCAUUCAUAUUUGGAUGGAAAAUGAAUAAGGUUAUAUGUUCUGAACCUUUGUGUAACGCACACAAGAGACAUGAAAUCGGACUGGUGCACGAGGAUCUUUGCGGAAAGUGCCAAAAACGAGACAUUAAAGAAUUAGAAAGGGAGUGCAAGAAGUACCCUGUUAUGGUCAUAAAAGGUGUGCGCAUUUUAGACCUAGGUGUGCUCAUCCCAUUGAUGAAAGACCCAACACUAAAUCUUCAGAUCAUUCAGCUUUUCAGAGACCCACGAGCUGUGCACAAUUCUCGUCUCAAAUCAAAACAGGCUUUGGUUAAGGAAAGCAUACAGGUGCUGAGAAGCAAGAAGCAGACGGACAAAUACAAACGUCUGCUCGUGCCAAACAACAGAGUAAACCGUGCAGAAAGUUAUGUUGCGAGCGCCAUGGAGUUGAUUUGCGAUAACUGGCUCAAUGAUAUGAUGUUGGUAAUGAAUGCACCCGCCUGGGUGAAAAGAAAUUAUGUCCGAAUCCGCUACGAGGACUUGGUUCUGCAUCCUAUGGAAGAAAUGCAGCGCAUGUACCGGUUCUCAAAUUUGUCAACAUUUCCUGCACUUGAGAAAUUUGUUUUGAACAUGACCCACGGGCAGGGUUACUCUUCGGAUAAACCGUUUCUUAUAUCUUCAAGGGAUGCAAAAGAGGCGAUUUUCGCUUGGAGAGAACGAUUAAACGUCGAGCAAAUUAACCAAGUUGAGGCCUACUGUAGUGAAGUGAUGCGUCAAUUGGGUUAUCCGAAAAACAAUGUGGAUAAAACAUAACAAUAACAUGAAGAAGACAAGGAUCAAGGUAUGGGAGGUGCCUGCUGUUCAGGGGUUGAAAGGAAUGGGAGAAACUUAAGGCGGCUGGCGUUUUGAAACGAGUCCAAAAAAAAAAGACACGGAAUGAAGGGGACUAGGGGUCUUCUCCUCUCAGAGAGAACCCUGCAUAGCUGUGGUUUGGAAACCUUUCUGGGGGGAAAAAGGAGCCAAGUGAAGUCCGGCUUCUAGAAUCCACAAAGGCAGGAGGACAUGUUGGUUAGUGCCACCACGCCAUAGUCCUGCCCCUGCUUCCGUCCCAUCAUCAGCUGCACUAAUCCCUCCUCAAUCCCCUUGCAGGACUGGGCCCUAGUCAGCCUCAUACUAGCCUCGUCUAGGAGGAGGCUGUCUCUGCUGACAACACAGCCCCGCCACGCUUAGCCUCGCUUACGACUCCUCCUCCCAAUCAACCCCCCCCCCCCCCGUCCAGCUAACAAGCGAUGUUCCUCAAGGCGUGUGGACAGGGUCAUUUUGAGCGCUGGUACUUAACUUUAGUUUGCUCGCCCUGUAGAGGGAGGUAAAGAAAGUAGCUAACUAUGCUAAUUCAAGAGUUUUAAUCAAUUGUUCUGCAGGGAGGGGAGGGCAGGGAGGAAACGAGGCCUGGAAAGCUAUAAUUCCACACCCUACCCCCCUCUGGAAUUCACUCAGCUGCAGACUUCCACUGUUACUGACGACACUCUCACUUGAGUGUGAAAUUCCUUAAUAUCCCAUGGAAAUGUCAGAAGGAACUGCCUUCUUUAUUUUGCCAAGACUUCAGGCCACGAGUGGACUGCCGCAAUUCAGUGAUGUUCACAUACCGCCUUCAACCGAUGUGUAACGAAUAAAAUGAACGAGGGGGGAUUUUAAGAUAGGUUGGUGAAUUUAGUGUGCUAGUUCAGUUAUAGGCCUCCUUGUUGUUUGAGGUGGAGACGUCAGUAUUUUCAUGUUUUGUUUGAAUUCACGUUUUAGGAGAAAAAAAACUAAACACCCCUAAGUUGUUAAUGAAGUUCAGAACAUUUCUGAAAAAAUAUUUCAAUAAAUAUACUUUAUAUAGACAAUGCAGUUUUUGAAGUCUAAACACAGGGAGUCAGUCUUCAAGUGUGUUGACAAGACACUUCAUGAUGAACACAUUUGUCAUUUUGAGUUUAUUAUUACAGUUUUAACUGACAUGGUCAUGCAAAACAUUGCAGGUAAAACUUUGCAGCCAGUUGUUGCUACUGAAGACAACAGGCGCACUGAGGAUAUUUACAGUUAGCUACAUCUCAUAUUACUGUGGGAAGGACAGCAUGUUUGGACAGUGGGAGAACAGCAGACCCACAGACGUUCUGAAGCACAGCUUGAGGACACAAGAUUCACACAGUGUCCUCACCUUGGAGCAGGGUGCAACACCUUCGUCUGAGGUCACAGCUGAAGACCCAUCCAUAAAGUGCGAUCUUAGAUCUUGGUAACCCCCCCCCCCCGUCCCCCACCCUUCUACACAACCCUCUCAUAGCCUUGUUCACGAGAAGUUUAUUUGUUAUGUUUUACUACAUCUUCAGUUGCUAAAACAAGCAUAUUGAGAGGAAAGACUCCCCAAAGCGAUAUGUUUGACACAUGGGUAUUUUCACAGUUUCAAUUUGUUUCGUUUGUGUUUUGUUUCUUCUCACAACCCAGAGAUACUGCAAGUCUGGCAUUCAAGGGAUUGGGCAGGGCAGGCAUUCAAGGUUGUACGCAAAAAGCCAUUUAUAACACUGACUGACUUAUGAGAGGGUGCCAUGUCCCGUUAGCAUCCUGGGGCACAUGAUGGCUAAUAACAAUGGCUCUUUGAGAUGGCUGUGGCGUGAUUAAUAAGUGUGUGUACAACAGAGUGCUCCAGACACAGGCAUGCCUUCAGAUCGCGGCUGCAUCGGCACAUCGAAUAACAUUUCCUCCCACACCAUUCCACUGGAGUCUGAAUGGUCCGUGCAACCCUUGGGGCAGGAUUGCGUCACUGCUGUAGAUACAUUUCCAUAUUCCUACUCCAAAACCAUAGUGUGAGGCUCACAUUCUAAAGUUCUCUUACCUCCCCGGUCAGAACCUGUACAAUUUGGAACGCCCUGUCGUGAUGUAAACAGUGAAACACAUGGGCCACUUCUGUUAAACUCGGAGUCAAACAAACACCCACACACAAAACUCGUACAGUAGAACAAUGUGUUGCAGAGUGCACCCACGUACAAAAGAGGAUUUGUUCAUUUUCAAAAGUUCAUAUUAUGCGAUACACAUUGAAGCAGAUGGGGGGCACACACACAAA